GCUGCCCGGGGAGGAAAGGGGGCAGGUUUUCUGCCAACGGUCCAUCUCUCCGUCACCCCCUGCGUCCCCUGAGCUGCUGCCGUCCCCUCGGGCCGCCGCCUGCAGCCCACCGCCCCCGGCAGGUGCCGCGGGCCGGGGCGGCCGGCGGCUCCCCCUCCCUCGCGGGCGGCGGCGGGGGCAUGGCUGGCGUCGCUCGCUGACACCCUAUCUGCCAGGCCCCGGAGCAGCCGCCGGCCCAGAAUAGCAGCGCUGCCCUGCAGUCGGCAUGGAGCAACUCCCGAGCGCCGCUGCUCCCCAGAUGUCACUGCUGAGCGCCGCUGCUCGCCCAGAGGAGGAAGGGCUUCUGGAGGCACCGUGCACCAGGGAGGAGGAAGAGGAGGAGGAAGAGGACGAGGACAGGUGGAGGGGCACAAGGCCCGUCACCUUCACGCUGGGCACUGAGAUGCUGGGGUUGGGGCCAGACCCAGAAAGCGAGUUUCAGAGCCCUGAUGCCGAGGUCUACAUGCACUUCAUGAGGAGCCACUGCUGCUACGAUGCCGUCCCCACCAGCUGCAAGCUUGUCGUCUUCGACAUCACCCUGGAGAUCAAGAAGGCCUUUGUGGCGCUGGUGGCCAACGGGGUGCGGGCAGCCCCGCUCUGGGACAGCAAGACGCAGAGCUUCGUGGGUGAGUGCCGGGAGCGCAGCGUGGCCCCUUCCCCUGCCUGGCGGCACGGAGGGCCCCAGGGCGUCGGCGCGGCGCUGCGGGCCGCCCCGGCGGCAGUGCCAGCCCCGCGUGUCUCCGCAGGGAUGCUCACCAUCACCGACUUCAUCAACAUCCUGCACCGCUACUACCGCUCGCCCCUGGUCCAGAUCUAUGAGGUGGAGGAGCACAAGAUUGAGACGUGGAGAGAGGUGUAUCUGCAAGGCUCCUUCAAGCCGCUGGUCCACAUCUCCCCAAGCGAUAGCCUCUUCGAUGCUGUCUACUCCCUCAUCAAGCACAAAAUCCACCGGCUGCCCGUGAUCGAGCCCGUCUCAGGGAACGUCCUGCACAUCCUCACGCACAAACGCAUCCUCAAGUUCCUCCACAUCUUCGGCUCCACCAUCCCCAAGCCACGCUUCCUGAAGAAGACGGUGCAGGAGCUGUGCGUCGGCACCUUCCGCGACGUGGCCGUGGUGCUCGAGUCCGCCCCCAUCUACACUGCCCUGGAGAUCUUCGUGGACCGCCGCGUCUCUGCGCUGCCAGUCGUCAACGAUGCGGGACAAGUGGUCGGCCUCUACUCAAGGUUUGACGUCAUUCACCUGGCAGCCCAGAAGACCUACAACAACCUGGACAUCAGCGUGCGGGAGGCCCUGCGGCAGCGCACCAUCUGCCUGGAGGGGGUCCUGAUCUGCUACCCCCAUGAAACCAUGGAGGACAUCAUCAACCGCAUUGCCGAGGAGCAGGUCCAUCGCCUGGUGCUGGUGGACGAGAACCGCUACCCGCGGGGCAUCGUCUCCCUCUCCGACAUCCUCCAGGCCCUUGUGCUCACUCCCGCGGGUAUUGAUGCUCUUAACUCUUAGCCCACGACGCUCCAUCUUUCUCCA